AGCCGGGGAGAGGGGACCACUUCAUCACCGACGAACAGCAGUCGGCUCAGAUGGAAUGAGGUCAUGAGUCACCGUGAUCGGACAAUGAACUAUAUACUCAUCAGUGUGACCUAUCACGGUCAAGCUACACACAGAACAACUAACGCAGUGACAAGUCAUCAACGUUGAUGACAGGAGUUCCAACAGUUCGCCAGCAAUACAUUUGUCGACGACAUUAGCAUAAGAUCGUAGUCAGUCAAUCAAGACUGCUUAUUAAAUCUCCUAUCGUGGACUACUGAUGGUCUAGUUAGCAAACAAGACUGGUUCAGACUCCCUGUGGCCAACCAUGGCGGUUCCCAGCGAGAUCAAAGACCGUUCAGGUGUGGCAUUCUACUACGGCGACGGUGGUGACAUCUGGUUCCCGCCACUCCCUCUGCCUUAUUCCUACAAAGAGCAGGUUGCCGUCAUCAGGGAUACCGUCAUCAGAGACGAUGAUAUCAUCAUGACUGGCUAUGCCAAGAGUGGCUCCCAUUGGCACUACGAGAUGCUGGCCAUGCUGGCCCAAGGUCGUGCCGACUACGUGCGGACAGACAAACCCACCGAAAUGCUGGACCGUCUGACGUCAGAGCAGGCUGCGGCCUUGACCUCCCCGCGCGUGCUCAACACGCACGUGCCUUUUCGAUUGCUGCCGCGGCAAGUCAUCCAGAAGAAAACGAAAAUUGUAUACCUGCUACGUAACCCCAAGGAUGUGGCCGUGUCCUUAUACAACCACGUGCGGGACUGGACUGUUCUUGGCUACCAGGGGUCAUGGCCCGACUUCCUGCAACUUUUCCUGUAUACAGGAGUGUGGACCAACCGCUGGUUCGACAUGGCGCGCGACUGGAAGAAAGAGAUCGCCAACCACCCCGAACACCCAAUCUUCGUUGCUGUGUAUGAAGAGGCAAUAAGGGAUCCCAUUAAUCACGUGGUACGAUUAAACGAUUUCCUUGGUCUGGAAAGAUCUCGCGAGCUAUGCGAGAAAAUUGCAGACGCCUGUAGCUUCGAAAAGCUGAAAUCUGCCAGCCACAAUCCAGAAAUCAAAGAAGACCAUUUCAGGAAUUUGUGGAAAGAAGGUUCUUCCGGAUUUUUCCGCAAAGGAAGGUUGGUGACUGGAAGAACUAUGGUUCACAGUGAGUCAGAACGAGGAGUUUGACGAGGUCUUCUACGAGACGAUGAAAGGCACCAAACACGACAUUAUCUUCGAACUAUGAUCGACAUAUACUCACCUUCGACUCAAUACUACAAUUACCAAUAAUUAUCUCAUGAUAUGACUGAAUAUUUAAUCAUAAUAAAGCGUUACACGUUGCUGCUACCUCAUCUAUAUGUGCUGGCAUCCUCUGUAGGAGAGAAGAAAAUUUAACAGGUAGAAAU